AUGGGGCGUUUGAUUUCACUUGUUAUACUUCUCUCCGUCUUAUGUUCCCCGUUUCUAUCGACUACAUAUUCUCUUACGGAACUAAUCUCCGAGUCUAAUGGCUUCACCACUGAUCUCAUUCACAGGGACUACUCCGUAAUUUCUCCUUUCUACAACUCCACGUCGAGUCAUCGGGAUCGUGUUACCAAAGCCUUGCAGCGCUCCAAAAUCCGUGCCGAUUAUUUUUCUUUAAGCUCGUUUGCCUCGGGGAAUAUUCCCUCAGCAGAUAUGAUAGCUACAAGCGGGGACUAUCUCAUGAAGAUUAGCCUCGGCAUACCCACCGUUCAGUUGAAUUUAAAUUUUGACACGGGGAGUGUUUUCACGUGGACGCAAUGCGCACCGUGCAAAAAUUGUUUCCCACAAAAUAUGCCGCUCUUCACUCCGAAGCUGUCUUCGACUUACAAAACGGUCGCUGCUAAUUCGAAAACGUGCUACUCCAUCGUAGAGGCAGAUUCUCAUGCAAAGGACAACACUUGCAGGUAA